CAGCUUCACGCUUGGAGAAGCGACACAGGAGUGGGCCUGAAGCAGGCGGAGAGGGGGCCGCCCCCCGGGGCACGGCCUCGCCACAGCCCGGCGCGGGGCAAGCUCAGGGGCGGGACAGCCGGCGGCCCCCAUGGAGCCGCUUGUCCCCGCGCAGCCGGGCUUCGGGACCCGGGAGGCGACACAGCAGCGGCCGGCCGGGGGCGCCGGGCAUCUCGAUGGGGGACUGCCGCGGGUGGGGGGCCGGCCCGGCAAUGCGGGGCCUCCGGCCCGUCUUCUCCGGGGGCCGCUGCGAGAGGCAUCGGCCGGGCCGGGUCCCGCUGGGCCUGUGCGAAGAGCCGCAGCAUUACAGGACUGGCGCCUGGGCCUUGACCUUGCGCCUCCUGCCCCUCCACAGGAGGAAGCCGAGGACUAUGCCAAGCUCAGCCCGGAGGAGCAGCAGAAGAGGCUGAGAGGCAUCCUGAGGAAGAUCGACCUGGACACAGACGGCUUCCUGACAGCAGAUGAGCUAAGUUCCUGGAUCCAAAAGUCUUUUACACAUUAUGUUAUGCAAGAGGCUAAACAACACUUUGUUGUAUAUGAUAAAGAUGGGGAUGGCUUGGUAUCUUGGAAGGAGUACAAUAUUCAAAUGUAUGAUCACCUAAUCGAUUUCGAUGAGCACACUGUGCUGGAGGAUCAAGAAGAAGAAUCUUUUCGACAGCUUCAUUUAAAGGAGAAGAAGCGUUUUGAAAAAGCUGAUAGAGAUGACAUUCCUGGUCUGAGUCUGGAUGAAUUUGUUGCUUUUGAGCACCCUGAAGAAGCCGAGUAUAUGAUGGAAUUUGUCAUUCAGGAGGCUUUAGAAGAACAUGACAAAAAUGGUGAUGGAUUUGUAAGUCUGGAAGAGUUUCUGGGUGACUACAGAAAAGAUCCAACAGCAAAAGAAGAUCCUGAAUGGAUACUCGUUGAGAAGGAUCGAUUUGUGAAUGACUAUGACAAAGAUAAUGAUGGAAAACUCAACCCUCAGGAACUGCUGACUUGGGUAGUACCUAAUAAUCAGGGUAUUGCUGAAGAGGAGGCACUUCAUCUAAUAGAAGAAAUGGAUUUGAAUGAUGAUAAAAAGCUCUCAGAGGCAGAGAUUCUUGAGAACCAGGACUUGUUUCUUACCAGCGAAGCCACAGAUUAUGGCAGGCAGCUUCAUGAUGAACGUUUCUACCAUGAAGAACUUUAGUUUAUUCAUCUGUGAUCUGCUUUGCCUUCUUUCUGUCCCUCAAAAGAGCUUUCCUUAAGAAUGCUCAAUGUUAAGAUAUACUAUAAGCUUUACUUUGUGUGAUUAUAAUAUACUAAUGUUUGUGUAGAUAUUUUGCAUUCUAAAUUUACUGAAAUGCUCUCACACUUCCUUGUCCUUUUUUCAGCCUUCAAAACUAAUAUUUACAAUAUUUAUUUCUCUAUUUCCAGUAUUAUUUGUUUCAUAGUUUUUGAAAACAUUCCUAGAAUCUAUAUGCUUGGGACUUGUAUAGUGAAGCGUUGUGCAACAGUACUUGAAGAAUGAAGAAUCUAAUUGGAUUCUGAAAAAAGCAAAAUGUGUGUGUAAUAAGUGAGAGAGUUACCAAUGAUGUAGUUUAGUUUAUUUAAGCAGUAUAGUGUUUUUCAGAAUAUGGAGAACAAGAGCAAUGUUUAAAUUUAGUAUUUAAGUAUGAUAUCUUAUCACCUUUGGUGGAACAUUCAGAAGGUUUAGUACCUCAAUUGUUUAAGAGGUUUCAUCUUAUUUUUACAUGGUUUCUAUAAAAAGUUUUAUUGCGAUUUAUAAAACCUGAUAUUUUUGAAUCUAUACAGGCACAGUAAUUUUUAAUGUAUAAUUCUACAACAUUAGAGGUAUGUAAUGGUAUUUUACAUGGUUAAGACUCUUAAUUUGUUGAAUUAAAAUGUUCAAUGCUAUAUAUUUUUAUUUUUAUGUUUAUUCCUAGUCUUAGGCCAUGCAAAGCAAUUACUGUAGACUGAACUGGACAUGGCACUAUAUCUAUAAAGGGUUAAUGUGAAUAGGUGUCCUAUCUAGUCUAGUGCUAAAGUCUGUCUAUUAAAUUUAAAGAAGAAUGGA